GUUGAUCCCUUAGUCUUGUAGUCGCUACUUUAUAACCGGUCCCUAGAAGGGGGCAGUUCUUUCCGGAAAUUAUGACUGCAGCUGUUUUCACUCCGCUGUGACUCAGAGCGCUCCGGACUGCAGGAGAGGAAGCCCAGCCUGUUCUACCAGAGAACUUGCCCAGGUCAGAGGUCUGCGUAGAAGCCCUUUUCUGAGCAUCCUCUCCUCUCCUCACACCUGCCACUGUCCUCUGCGUUGCUGUCGAAUUAAAUCUUGCAUCACCAUGGUGCACUUCUGUGGCCUACUCACCCUCCAACGGGAGCCAGUGCCGCUGAAGAGUAUCUCUGUGAGCGUGAACAUUUACGAGUUUGUGGCUGGUGUGUCUGCAACUUUGAACUACGAGAAUGAGGAGAAAGUUCCUUUGGAGGCCUUCUUUGUGUUCCCCAUGGAUGAAGACUCUGCUGUUUACAGCUUUGAGGCCUUGGUGGAUGGGAAGAAAAUUGUAGCAGAAUUACAAGACAAGAUGAAGGCCCGCACCAACUAUGAGAAAGCCAUCUCCCAGGGCCACCAGGCCUUCUUAUUGGAGGGGGACAGCAGCUCCAGGGAUGUCUUCUCUUGCAAUGUGGGUAACCUCCAACCUGGGUCGAAGGCGGCAGUCACCCUGAAGUAUGUGCAGGAGCUGCCUCUGGAAGCAGAUGGGGCUCUGCGCUUUGUGCUCCCAGCUGUCCUGAAUCCUAGAUACCAGUUCUCUGGGUCGUCUAAGGACAGUUGCCUUAAUGUGAAGACUCCUAUAGUCCCUGUGGAGGACCUGCCCUACACACUCAGCAUGGUCGCCACCAUAGAUUCCCAGCAUGGCAUUGAGAAGGUCCAAUCCAACUGCCCCUUGAGUCCUACCGAGUACCUAGGAGAGGACAAGACUUCUGCUCAGGUUUCCCUGGCUGCUGGACACAAGUUUGAUCGGGACGUGGAACUCCUGAUUUACUACAGUGAGGUGCAUACCCCCAGCGUGGUUUUGGAGAUGGGGAUGCCUAACAUGAAGCCAGGUCAUUUGAUGGGAGAUCCAUCUGCAAUGGUGAGUUUCUAUCCAAAUAUCCCAGAAGAUCAACCAUCAAAUACCUGUGGAGAGUUUAUCUUCCUCAUGGACCGCUCGGGAAGUAUGCAGAGCCCCAUGAGUAGCCAGGACACAUCUCAGCUGCGAAUACAGGCAGCCAAGGAAACACUGAUUUUGCUGCUGAAGAGUUUACCUAUAGGCUGUUAUUUCAACAUCUAUGGAUUUGGUUCUUCCUAUGAGGCAUGCUUUCCGGAGAGUGUGAAGUACACUCAGCAAACAAUGGAGGAGGCUCUGGGGAGAGUGAAGCUUAUGCAGGCCGACCUAGGGGGCACUGAAAUCUUGGCACCACUCCAGAACAUUUACAGGGGACCCUCCAUCCCAGGCCACCCCCUACAGCUUUUUGUCUUUACAGAUGGAGAAGUUACAGGCACGUUUAGUGUAAUUAAAGAAGUUAGGAUCAACAGACAGAAACACAGGUGUUUCUCAUUUGGUAUUGGAGAAGGCGCCUCCACCAGCCUAAUAAAAGGUAUUGCCCGGGCAUCAGGGGGCACCUCAGAAUUUAUCACAGGCAAAGACAGGAUGCAGUCCAAGGCUCUCAGGACUCUGAAACGCUCUCUGCAGCCUGUGGUAGAGGAUGUCUCUCUGAGCUGGCAUUUGCCUCCUGGUCUGUCUGCUAAAAUGCUUUCCCCAGAACAGACUGUCAUCUUUAGGGGUCAGAGAUUAAUCAUCUAUGCCCAGCUGACCGGGAGGAUGCCAGCAGCAGAGACAACAGAAGUAUGCCUCAAAUAUACACUCCAGGGCAAGACUUUUGAGGAUAAGGUGACAUUUCCUCUACAACCCAAGCCUGAUGUCAACCUCACCAUUCACCGCCUUGCUGCCAAGUCCUUGCUCCAGACCAAGGACAUGGGCCUCAGGGAGACUCCAGCAAGUGAUAAAAAAGAUGCAUUGAACCUUAGCCUUGAGUCUGGUGUCAUAAGCUCCUUCACAGCUUUCAUUGCUAUCAAUAAGGAGCUCAACAAGCCGGUUCAGGGGCCUCUGGCUCAUAGGGACAUCCCAAGGCCAAUUCUGUUGGGUGCUUCUGCCCCAUUGAAGAUAAAAUGCCAAUCAGGUUUUCGAAAGGCCUUACACUCUGACCGUCCUCCUUCAGCAUCUCAGCCCAGAGGGGAACUUAUGUGUUAUAAGGCCAAGACAUUCCAGAUGGACGAUUACAGUCUCUGUGGGUUGAUAAGUCACAAGGACCAGCACAGUCCAGGCUUUGGAGAGAAUCACCUUGUGCAGCUGAUUUACCACCAAAAUGCAAAUGGUUCCUGGGAUCUGAAUGAAGAUCUAGCCAAGGUCCUAGGUAUGAGUUUGGAAGAAAUAAUGGCUGCACACCCUGCCGAGCUUGUGGAUUCCUCAGGCUGGGCCACCAUCCUGGCCGUGAUCUGGCUGCAUGACAAUGGUAAGGACUUGAAGUGUGAAUGGGAGCUUCUGGAAAGGAAGGCCGUGGCCUGGAUGCGUGCCCAUGCAGGCUCCACCAUGCCUUCGGUUGUGAAAGCUGCUAUUACUUUCCUGAAGUCAUCUGUGGAUCCUGCUAUCUUUGCCUUUUGAAGAUACCAUCCAGAAAAAGAAGUGCCUUUAAUUUGCUACUGUCAUUUCCUCUAGUAUCACUUUUGCUGUGAUGAUGUGUUCUUGUGUUUUAUAACUCUUUAUUUUUUGCCAUAAAAGUAAAGGAUGCUUACUCCACUUCGCUUCUCUGCUCCAGGUUCACUUUGGAUAUGAUCUUUCUUUUCCCAACAUAUGCCCUCAGAAAAGUGACAGUGGUCCCAGAACCUAUUCCCUUUCUUGAGGGAGUUCAAAACAUUCAUAGGCAGUAAUGUUCCUCCCAGGGUUUCCAGGGAAACAACAUGAAAAACAGGUGACAUGAACUACAGACUAAAGAUUGCAGCAUUUAUGUUAGAGAAUGCUUGAAUUAGAGAAUUUUCUGCAUUAUCUUUGUCUGUUCACUUUCUAUCUUAUAUACUUAACAGGACCAUACUGGUAAGCUUGUGUAGGAGGAGUUAGAGGGAAGUUGAAAGCCAACAUCUGGAUCAAUGUAAUGUCAAGAUCACAAAGAGAGAGACUGCAGGGGUCCACUGUGAGAGGUGACACUGUUGGGGACCUUCCUGAUUCAUUCUUGGGCUUUGCUAGCCUGUACAACCUACAUGUCUUUUCUUCCACUGCCUGAAAGACUUGGGUUGAACUAUAACUGUUGGAGAGAGAUGUUCCUCUUUAAUCAUGAAACACCUUAAGAAGUCUAUAAUGCAAUCCUUAGUCCUACCCUGAACCUAUGUGUCCUCUAAGUCAGGCCCUGAUCUAGUGCAGUAAAGGGAAGGGUGGGCUUAAUGGGAGCUUUGCCUGGGACCUGAAUCUGGAGCACUUACUGCAUUAGGAAAAAAGGGGCUCCCCGUAAUCGUUCCUGACCCUUGUGUCUCAUAUACCCUAUCCUGGUGGAAAUGACCCUAUUUGAUAUGCUGUCCCUUAAAAUAACUUGUAUCAAUAUUAAAAUGACUAUUUCUACCCUU